AAACAUCGUUCGAGAAUAAUUGAUCGGCAGCUGCAAGACAAUGGAAUCUUUUGAAAUACUGUGCGGUAUUACUGCCGUACUUCUCGUUGUUUAUUAUUAUUUUACAUCGACCUUCGAUUUUUGGCAGUCACGUGGCAUUCGCGGUCCACAAUCGAUACCGGUUUUUGGUAAUUUUAAAGAUGUUAUACUUAAUAAAAAAGCCGCAGGUGAUUAUUUAAUGGAAAUAUACAACAAGUACAAAGAUGAAUCUAUAAUUGGAAUAUUCGUUACGAAGAUACCUGUUCUUAUUGUAAAAGAUCCAGAAUUCAUUAAGGAUAUUCUUAUCAAAGAUUUUACCAAGUUUGCCGACAGAGGAGUUUCUAUUAGUGAAAAAGUUGACCCACUGUCGCAACAUUUUUUCGUUCUGGAGCUUAAAAGAUGGCGACCUUUAAGAAUAAAGCUGUCGCCCGUUUUUACAUCCGGUAAACUAAAGGAGAUGUUCUCUUUAAUAUCGGAAUGCGCUGAGGGUCUUGAACAAUACAUAGAAAAACUAGUGAACAAAAACGAGCCUAUAGAAUGUCGCGAAUUGACGGCUAAGUAUACGACCGAUGUAACCGAUACUUGCGUCUUCGGCAUCGAGAUGAACGCUCUAUCGGACGAAAACAGCAAAUUUCGCAGAAUGGGAAGAAUGUUCUUUACGCCAACCUGGAAAAAUACUCUGCGAAUGAGAUUGAGACAAUGCCAUGGCUCUAUGAAAUGGCUCUAUGAAAUGCUCAAUUAUAUUGUAACACAAACGGAGAUCAACAAAUUUUUCACACUCGUCAUCGUAGAAACCAUGAAUUAUAGAGAAACAAAUAAUGUCAUUAAUGAAUUUAUUCUUAUCACAUGUUUUGUACUAUAUGAUUUAAAAAGAGUUCUAAUUUUAGAUUAA